UCAUUGCAAGUCUAAAACCUCACUUCGUGUUCGUGAUCUGCAAACCGACAUCAAAAUCCUUCUCCUCCAUAGAACCAACGGCAACCUAGGCGGCCUUCUCCUUCGCCUCUCUUGCCUCUCGAUCUUAUACACUAUGAGGAGAGCCUCUACACUUGCCUCCUUUGUUCUCUCCAGAACCCUCGCCGCUGAGCAUGGCGGAUCUGGCAUCUCAUUUCCUGUCCAACGCCGUCUUCUACGGUCUGCUCUUUAUGGUACCAGCACAGGCAAAACAUACAAUCGCCGGCGGUGGUUCUCCUCCCUACUUGGCCUACUCAACGGAAGUUCCGCGCAAGUGGCGUCUCUUGGCGCCGCGGGGGCUCUGAUUACGGUAGUCGCGACUGCUUCAUAUUCUCAACAAGUCUAUGCAAAGGAGCCUCCACCGGCGGAAGUUCUUCCUCGGAACGUUAUUCUCUACCAGUAUGAGGCUUGUCCUUUCUGUAAUAAAGUUAAAGCAUUCUUGGACUACUUUGAUAUACCUUACAAAGUGGUGGAGGUCAACCCAAUCAGUAAGAAAGAAAUCAAAUGGUCUGAUUAUAAGAAGGUGCCCAUACUGAUGGUAGAUGGCGAGCAGCUAAAUGACUCAUCAGCAAUAAUUGACAAGUUGAGCCGGAAGCUUUUGUUGAAGGAAAAGGAUGAUUCAGCCUCAGAGGAUGAUGAAGAGACAAAAUGGCGGCGGUGGGUUGAUAAUCACUUAGUGCAUGUUCUGUCACCCAAUAUAUAUCGAAAUUCUUCUGAGGCCCUCGAGUCCUUUGACUAUAUUACAAGUAAUGGAAAUUUCAGUUUUAUGGAAAGAAUUACAGUUAAGUAUGGUGGAGCUGCAGCAAUGUAUUUUGUGUCCAAGAAUCUGAAGGAGAAGUAUAACAUUACUGAUGAACGUGCAGCUCUUUAUGAGGCAGCAGAAACAUGGGUGGAUGCUCUAAAUGGCCGGGAAUUCCUUGGAGGAUCUAAGCCAAAUUUGGCUGACUUAGCUGUCUUUGGGGUGCUGAGACCGAUUCGCCAUCUUAGGUCUGGCAAAGACAUGGUCGAACACACUCGUAUUGGUGAGUGGUACUCAAGAAUGGAGAAUACUGUUGGACAGUCUUCAAGAAUUGAAGCCUAAACUGAAUAUAUCCUCGAGUCCGGACUUUUUUCCCCCUUAUAUUGCUAUGCUUUCAGGGUCUUGUGCCACGUCCAAUUUUAUUUAUUGGAAGGAAACACGGCUGGAUAUCUCCCUGAACAUAUUCAAAAUAUACCGGAAGGCGGUUAUAGUCGUAUAUAGGCGCAAAACUUUUCCAGACAAUUAAUUCUUUCAACAAAUUCAUAUUUAUUAUAGAUGUUCUUUAUUGUUAACCCAUCUUAUUGAGUUGGACGAUCGAAUAAAAAUGGACGAUUUUUAUUCAUGCUUUUAACAAAUUCAUGCUUUUUAUUCA